AUGGCCGACGCCCAACCACCCUUGACCUGGCAAGGCAGCGCCGACUCCCACCCUAUCAUGUCUGACCAACUUCCCGAAGAAGUCGUCACAUGUCUACAAAAUGCACGAUUCCUCCACCUGGCAACCUGCAACCAGAACCGUCCCCACGUCUCACUAAUGAACUAUACCUACCUCUCCCAACAACAACAACAACCACCACAAACACAGCAUCAACAAGCAAGCCCCGCUCACCACCACCCAAACCUCCCCCAAGGUCCCCUGAUAAUAAUGACAACCAACCCCUCCUCCAAAAAGACCCUCAACCUCCAGCAAAACCCCGCCGUAUCGCUCCUAGUCCACGACUGGGUUUCCUCCCGGCCACCAAAUAUCAGUUCCACGAGUGGAGAGAGGGAGCGAUCUCCCGCGGGAGGCAGGAGUUCGAGUCUAGCUACUAUGCUCAUGCAGAUGAAUUCCGCGGCUGUGAGCUCCAUUUCUGCUACCAUUAAUGGGGAGGCGAGGGUGCUGGACCAGGGGAGUGAGGAGGAGGUGUGGUGUAAGGAGCGGCAUUUGGCUAACAAUACUUUCGAAGCUGGAAAUGGGACCAGUGGCGGUGUGGAGGGUUUAUUGGGGACUUCGCCUGGGCAGCUUGGUGGUGGUGGUGGUGGUGGUGGGCUGGGAGAUGGUGGCAGAGGGAGUUAUAUUGAGGAUAGUGAUGUUCGGGUUGUGGUUGUUGGGAUUAGGGAUGGGAGGAUUAGUGAUUGGAAGGGUGGGGUGAAGGAUUUUUGUUUGAGGGAGGCGGGAAGUGGGGAGAGGAUGGUUAAUGGGGUUUGA